UCCCGACAAACACGAUUCCUACAUUUACUACACUAGCUCGACCAGCUCGACUUUCUUUGUCAUUUGUGAGUAUUUCAUGGACCAUCAAAUCUCGCCAGCAGGCCAAAAGUGCAAGUCAAAACGCAAGCCGUCGCGAUUCGGCUGUCGAAACUGCAAACUGAGAAAAUUAAAGUGUGACGAGACAAGGCCAUACUGCUCGAAAUGUCGGACAUAUGGGGUCUAUUGCAACUUCGGCUUCAACGUUCCCGAUCUUCAACCCGUCCACCAGAAACAAACGAAGGAAGGAAUAGUUGGCCUAUUUAAUAUACCGCGGCCGCAAUCCACUGUCAGCAACGCUAUAUGGGUCGGCGAUGGACCAACCUAUUUUACACUGGAUCUAAAGGACCAAAUGCUUUUCAACCGCUUCCGAUAUCGAGUUAUUCACUCCAUCGGUGGCUCUGGGGUGAUACACAUAUGGGAGACUCACAUGCUUCAAGUCUGUUUCACUUGUCCGUUCCUAAUGCAUGGAACAUUGGCUGUGGCAGCUGUUCAUGAGCGCUAUUUUGAGAUGACGCCAACACAUCGUCGCUCAUUACGAGAAUCUUAUCACGCAUCUCAAUUCACGACCUUAUUCAGCAAGCGGCUAAGCCAACCAAUUAGAGAGGAACACAAGGACCCCCUCUGGGCUGCUGCUGGCGCUAUGAAACUGUGGCAUUUAGUAAACCCACUGCGGCCAGAGAGUGUGUACCGCGUGAUUUCUGAAUCAUUUGCAAAACUGCAUCAGCCAGUGCCAACACGAGGCAUCAAUGGCGUGUCAGUCGAAUUGGUACAACUGUGCGGGCUUGACGAGUCAUCGACGCGAGAGAACAACCCUUUCUUCACAGUUGCGCAUGGUCUCUCUCAGCUUUUAGAGGCACCAAAGGGCAGGGUCUCGCUGGACAGUGCCAUGAAGGUAUGGAGCUUUAUGAAUAAUAGGUUCGUGGUCCUCUUGGAAAUGAAAAACCCGGUGGCGCUUCUAUUGCUCUGCCUGUGGUACACUAGAGCCAGCGAAAGCAGAUGGUGGAUUAGGAUUCGAGCCGAAUAUGAGCUUCCGGCUAUUCGCACUUACUUAGAGAGAUACCACGGGGACAACAGCGUCAUUCAAGCGCUCCUUCCAUCUAUACAGGCAAUAUCUUGUUCAGCGAGAGUAAUCAUUGAGACUUGA